AUGGAGCGGCGGCCAGAGCUGCGGCGGUCGAUGACGCUCUCGGAGCAGCUGUCCAGGCCCGACCCGGCCAUCCGCGAGUUCCUCAAGAUCCCCGACGACGAUAGCCACCUGAGCGCUGACGCCGGAGGAGGUGGAGGCAGCGGCGGCAUGAUCAACUGGAAGCCGUUGCGCGACCGUCUCCGGCUCCGGCGCUCCGUGAACGCCUGGUCCAGCCCGUCGGAGAGGCCCAGCACGGCGGACGGCGCCGGUAGCCUGAAGAACAGCGGCAGCGGCAGCAACCGCAGCCACAAGUACAUCUACGCGCAAGGUGAGGCCACGGCGGCCUUCUGCCGCACCUCCUCGCUCCGCCAGACUCCCGCAUUCUCGCGCGCGGCCUCCACUCGGGUCGGUUCUAACGCCACGAUCGGGCGCUCUCCCCCCGUGGUCGUCGGCGAGGGCUCCGAGGACGAGUCAGAGCACGAUGAGGACGAGGAGGAAGGCAAGGAGGAGGAGGACGCGCCGACGGCGCAGAUGUCCCUGAUGGCGCUGCUGGAGCAGACGGACAGCUGGGACGAGGAGGAGGAGGAGGAGGAGCAGCAGGCCGCGGCAGGCGGCGGGGCCAGCAGCAAGAACGCGCACGCCGAGGAGGAGGAGGAGGACGGCGAGGGGCGCGAGGAGGAGAUGGUGCACGUGUGCUGCGUGUGCAUGGUGCGGCACAAGGGCGCGGCCUUCAUCCCGUGCGGCCACACAUUCUGCCGCCUCUGCUCCCGGGAGCUCUGGGUCAGCCGCGGCAACUGCCCGCUCUGCAACGGCUUCAUCCAGGAGAUCCUCGACAUCUUCUGA